CACGUGUCUACCUCGUUUCCAUCCUUUCCAAACCAACUCGUGGGUUUGCCGGUAGUGACUGCCUCUCCUCUGAUAUUGAACGACAACGGAAAGAAAUCAAGAUGUCAAAGAAACUUGGAUUUGCAGAGAAUUUCGCCCUCAGUGGUGCAGCAGCUGUCAUUUCAAAGACAGCAGCCGCCCCCAUUGAGAGGAUCAAGUUGCUUGUUCAAAAUCAGGAGGAAAUGUUGAAAACUGGUCGUUUGUCAGAGCCAUACAAAGGUGUCAUCGACUGCACAGUCCGUACAUACAAGAACGAAGGACUUCUGCCAUUCUGGAGAGGAAACUUGGCAAACUGCAUCAGAUACUUUCCAACACAGGCUUUAAAUUUUGCAUUCAAAGACAAGAUCAAGAUUUUGUUCAAAAGCUCUAAACAAGAUCCAUAUGGAGUGCAGUUUGCAAAGAACAUUGGAUCUGGUGGUGUUGCUGGAGCAAUGUCACUCUGCUUUGUGUAUUCCCUCGACUACGCCCGUACUCGUCUAGCCAAUGAUGCAAAAUCUGGGAAGAAGGGAGGCGAGCGCCAAUUCAAUGGUCUGAUAGAUGUAUACAAGAAGACCUUGAAAACUGAUGGAAUUGGUGGUCUAUACAGAGGUUUUGUCAUCUCCUGUGUUGGUAUUGUCGUAUACAGAGGAUGCUACUUCGGAUUCUACGACAGUCUGAAGCCAAUUGUACUUGGAGAAGGGGCUGGAGUGUUUGCUUCCUUCUGUCUUGGUUAUGUGGUGACCGUCACAUCAGGCCUGAUCUCAUACCCCAUUGAUACAAUCAGGAGGAGAAUGAUGAUGACCUCCGGCGAGGCUGUGAAAUACAAUGGCUCAAUUGACUGUGCCAAGACCAUCCUGAAGAAUGAGGGCUUCAUGUCCAUGAUGAAGGGUGCUGGAGCAAACAUUCUCAGAGGUGUUGCAGGUGCUGGUGUACUGUCUGGCUUUGAUAAAUUCCAGGCACUUUACAUCAAAUGGCGUCUUGGUGAUAAUUAAGAACAAAUUUAAGGAAUAGAAAGACUUUUAAAAAACAUCGCAGUGGCAUCUUCGAAAAGGAACUUUUUAGACACCCAAGAUUUUCCAAAACUGCAUAUUUCUAUUUAUAGUGUUGUUUGGAUUUGAUAACAACUGAGUGUGAUAUUGUUGAUUGGUAAAUAGAUACAUUCACAAUAAAUACAUGUAACUAUGUUGGAACAGUGGACCUCAUAAAAUGUGAUUAUUUGAUAUGAUCAAA